AUGCAGGUAACAGACAGCCAAAGGCAAAGUCGCCCAGCGAGUGUCAACACACCUCCAAAUCCAACCAGUGUUCAGGCUGCUAUUGCGGCGAUUCAAGCCGGUCAAUUGAGCCAGCUCAUGGUACAAUCUCAGCUGGGAGGAGCAGGGCUCCAAGCGUUGCACCAACAACUUCACCAUCACUUGCAACAAUAUGUCCUAUUUCAACAACAGCAACAGCAGCAGCAGCAACAACAAUCUUCACAACCCACAUCCCAGCAUCAUCCCUCGCCAGCUCAGUAUUUCAUGCACAAUCAAGGACUCUUGACACCAAGCCUAAGGCCAACUCUUACACCUCCAAGAUUAUCACAUUCUCUACAAGGAGGAAUUUUGGGUGAUAAUAAGUCAAGCCCCCUUCCUGGAAAGGUUCCUAGGCCCCCCCUACCUCAACAACAUUCGAUGGAACCUGAUGAAACAACAGAUUUAGAAGAGCUUGAGCAAUUCGCCAAAACAUUUAAACAAAGAAGAAUAAAGCUCGGUUUCACUCAGGGAGAUGUUGGUCUCGCAAUGGGAAAAUUAUAUGGAAACGAUUUUUCCCAAACAACGAUCUCAAGGUUCGAAGCUUUAAAUCUGUCUUUCAAAAACAUGUGUAAACUGAAACCUCUUCUCCAGAAAUGGCUUCUCGAUGCUGAUAAUUCUUUGAAUAAUCCCAACUCCCUUAGCAACCCGAUGACGACGCCAGAAGCCAUAGGGAGGCGGAGAAAAAAGAGAACUUCGAUUGAAACUUCAGUACGAGUUGCUCUUGAAAAAGCAUUCCUCCAGAAUCCAAAACCAACAUCAGAAGAAAUUUCCUUAUUAGCAGACAGCCUCACUAUGGAAAAAGAGGAGACAGAAAGAAAAACGAAUAAACCCUCCACCGACAUCAGCAAUGGGCUCGCCCGGCGGCGGAAUGUUCGGAAGCCCCCCACAGUUGGGCGGAUCCAGCGGACCCCUCUCUCUCGUCGCCCCCCCUAGGACACAGUGACCCUGGCCUCUUCAUCAACCAUCACUGCCUCCGUAAAUCCCUCGCAUAAUGAGUCACCUCGAUCCAAAUCCUCAUAAACUCGUCAAGAGUAAUAUAUCAUCAUUGUUGUAUAGUGUAAAUAUUAUAAUAGUUAGGGCAUUGUAUACAGAAGAUAAUUAAUGCCUAUAUUUUAAUUCUCUAAUCAUUAAAUUAAUUAUUUAGUUUAUAAGUGUUUAUAUAUAAAUAUAUAUACAUAUAUCGCCAUUUAUGUCACAUUUAUAUAUUUGUAAUAUAAACUAGAAUGUACGAAUUUAGAGAUUUUAUCGGAUUCUUAAAAAUCCACAAUUGUAAUAAACAACAUUAAUUGAAAAGUCCUUCCUAAUCAUUGCGUCGUCCAUCGUGUCGAUUCAUCUACCAUAAGAACGUAAUGAAUGAAAGAGUGCGUGCAAUUCUUUUUACCGACAACUAUAAAAGUUUGGUUUAUAAAUUAAGAAAUAUUAUUUAUAUUAGUAUGUAUAGGAGCUGUAUAGACAAAUUUAUGUGUACAGUUUAGUAUUGCCUUUUUUUGUAAAAGGUGCUGUCUUUAAUGUAUAUAGACCUUAAAAAUGACCAUUAUUAACUAGCCUAGCCACUUGUAAAGGUGUAGAUUUUGUUUUCAAAACUUUUAUUUGUUCUUAGAUGCCUUCCUUCCUUAAUUUAUCGAUGUACAUUGAUUUUUUUUUUUUUUUUUAAUUCUCAGCUUUUGAUGAACCUUACCUGUAUAGAAAGUAUAGAAUUUUAACUUUUGUAUUAUUUUGACUCUAAGACAAUGUUGUAUUAUUUAUCAUUUACUAUCCCUUCAUGGAAGGAUUCGACAAAUUAAACUUUCCGCUUUACUUUGCCGAAUCCAUCCUCCGAAGGUGUGUGUUAAACUAGGAUAAAUAACUUGUAUAAGGUAAUCAAAUGAUAUUUUUAACAAGGGUUCGGUGACUCCAAAGAUAUUAAAAAUUAAAUAUUAAUCUGGAACUUUUAUAAAUGAAAUUGAUCUCAGACAGAAGCGAGAUAGAGACAGAAGGAAUGAGACAUGAGUCUUCCAAAAAAAAGGUUCCAAUUGUUACAAAGUUCCUAAAGGAGGAUGUUUGGAACAAAAAUAACUGGGUAUUUUAUUAAUUAUAAAUAUUUAUGUAUAUCCAGCGUUGUUUUAUUAAGUCAGAAAUAAAUUACAAGUAAGAAGCAUCUUUACGUGAGGACCAACGACAAAAGAGUUCCUAUUUGCUUGGUUAGGGCAAACGAUUUAUUUAGAUUUUGUAAUUUAGUAUAUUUUUAUUUAUGUUCGCUUUAAUUCUGUGUUCAUUUGUUUUUUAUUUAUUGACUAGGCAGGGUCUUAAAUGAACUAAAUCCUAAUUAUAAUGAUAUUUUUUGUUCGUGAUAAAAAGUUUACUAAUCCCUUAUUAAAAAUACUGUUUUUUUUAUUUUGUUAUUUUUAUUAUUUUUUACCCUUUUCCUUUGAGAUUUUUAAUCAUGACGUUGGAUUAGUGUAUAAACACCUUGAGCUAUAUAUAAAUCAGAUUACCAGAUUUUUAUGCAAUUACAUAACUUAAAAAAAAAAAAUUUGUACCAUCAUAAAGUACUACUACGCAUGGAUAAUGACCAAAAAUGUUUCAUAAAAUGAUACAGUUAAGAUCCUCUAAAUACAAAAUAAAUUAAUUAAUUAUUUCCCAAAAUUGGUCAUGUUAUUAAUAAGUAAUGAGCCAUUAAGGUAAGAAACAGAAAGAGGCACAAUAAAGUAAUUGUGGACAUGCUAGAAUGAUUAUUAAGAACAUUAAAAUUAUAACAGUUUAAAGUUUAUUUUUGUUAAAUGAAAACAUUUAUACAUACACAAAAUGGUUUUCAUUUAUGAGAAAUUGAAGCUUUUCUCAGAAACAAAAAUAGAUUUAUAUUUAUAAAAACAAAAACAGUUAUGUUUUAAAAUGAAUCGCUAAAUGAAGUUUAAUUCCCAUUGGUUAAAAAUUGAAGCAUUACAUUAUUUAUAGUUUUUCUAUUCCUUUUUAAAAUUCAGUAGUUUUCCUAUUAAAUUAAAAUAUUUUUACAUAAUUGAAAAAUAUUUUGGUUAUAUAUUUUAACAUAAGCAUUCAUCCCCUCCUCCCUUAGAUUUUCCAUUUGCUGCAACUAUAGAGGAACUAUUGCAAUGAUGUGAAAUUAGUGUAAUUUGAGAGCUUUCAAGGCCAAAUUUGGAAUUUUCUAUCACAGUUUUACAGAAAUUAAUCCAGUAUUUAAAUUUUCAAAUAUAUCUUCUGAAAAAUCCUUAAUUUUUAGUAAUGACGUUUUGACAUUGCAGCAAAUGUGCGAUGAAUAAAAUAAGAAUAUGUAUAUAAAUCCACUAUUUCAAUAAGAUGUCAGGACAUAUGUUUAAAAAAUAUAAAUAAGGAAACAGCAUGUAAUUGCAAAAAAAAAAAUCUGGUCUCUGCAUAUAACAAAAGAGUUAUUUAAUCUUUAAAUAUAUAUUUGUUAAGAAGAAGUUUAACAAACAAAAUGGAAAAAAAAGUUUGUCAUAUUAAGUUUUUUUUUUCAUUUCUUUAGCAGUUUUCGGUACAAAUCUAUCUAUACAAGGACAAUACUUAUGGAUACUAUUCAUGAAAUAUUCAAUUUUAAAUAUUUAGUGAUUUACCGACAUCAUACAUUAAUUUUAGAAUAAAUUUGUGGCUUAGUAUCCCUUUAAAGAGAAUAAGUCUAUCAAAUUAUUUGCUAAAAUAUUUUUAGUUCACCACUAAACACCUUUUAAAAAAUUACAAUGAUUUGGUUGGCUUUAUUCCCUUUAGGAAUCUAUAGAUCUACAGAUUUAUUUUAUCAAUUUUAGUAAACAGCGUGUAGAAAAGGAUGUGAACAAAAACUUAAAAAAAAAAAAAGCAAAAAAAAAAAACUCAGGUGUGUAUAUUAAUGUAUACCAUUUUUAAGAAAAUUGUUUAAAUACAGGAACUAUAAAUAAAUUUGCUAUUCUAUAAAUAAUAAUCAUUGUGUACCUAAUCAAAAUAGACUGUUAGCGUAGAUAUCCUUGAGACACGUGUGCAUGUUCAACUUUAACUUAAAUAUUUCUGUUUCAAUGUUGUGGAUAAGUCGGAUAUAGGAAAAAAAAAUCAAGUAGAAAAUAAAGAAUUGUCAAUGAAUUUUUAUAUAUUUUUUAAAAGUAAUUAUAAGUUAAAGCUGAACAGUCUUCAUCAUAUCAUUUCUCAUUCAAGGAUUUUUAAUAGAGUUUUCUAUGGGAAAUAUGUAAUUUCGUUUGUUAACGAAAAAAUAAACAAAAUACAAAAAAAAAAAAUAAGAUGUUGCAAUUUUUUUAAAUGAAUGUAUCAAUGUAUAUUUUAGUUGGAAAAAGUUUUGUUAUGUACAGUUGGGAUAGGAAACGGGUGCAGUUUCUCCAGCCAUAUCAUACGGAGAGAGAGCACACGUUUAGUAAUAAAGUUGUGAGAAAGUUUUGUUACUAGUGUUGUAAAGUGCAGUGUAGUUAUUGUAUGUGUACCUAAUUUUCAGUUUAUAUCCGACAUGUACAAAGAAAUAUGUUUUACUUGUCAGUUGGGCAAUAAAUAGUCAGUCAGAAUAGUAUUUUCACAAUAUCUUUUGUUAUUUUUACUGAAAUACCUUGCUACAUUUUACUUAUCUUAUUUUCAAAUAUCUAAGCCAUUUCAUAAAUUAAUUUUAUUAAAACAUUAUCACUAUUUUAUAAGGCAACGAGUUAUAGAUUAAUAUAUCUAGAAAGGAUAUAUUAUGGAAGAUUAAUAUUUC